GGCGUGGGCCUGUGGCGCGCGCGCGCGCGCGAGUGGGGCCGUAAUUGCAAUGGCUGCUACUGUGAACUUGGAACUUGAUCCCAUUUUUUUGAAAGCACUGGGCUUCUUACACUCAAAGAGCAAGGAUUCUGCUGAAAAGCUAAAAGCUCUGCUGGAUGAAUCUUUGGCAAGAGGCAUUGAUUCAAGUUACCGCCCAUCACAAAAGGAAGUGGAACCUCCCAAAGUGUCAAGUGCUAAAGCGAUUUCCAUUAAGCAGGAGCCCAAAACUUCUUCCAGUCUUCCUUCUGGUAGUAAUAAUGGCAAGCCCGUCUCAGCUGAAAAGGUGAAGAAAGAAGUUGAAAAGAGGCCUGCUGAUAAAAUGAAGGCUGACACCAGUGAAGCAGCCGACGUUCCCAAAAAACCCAGAUUAGAGAAGCAGGAGUCUCGUUCUUCUCCCAUCACAGUUCAGACCAGCAAGGACCUGGCUAUGCCUGACCUGUCCAGUUUUGAUGAGACCAGUGCUGAUGACUUUGCCAUGGAAAUGGGAUUGGCUUGUGUUGUUUGUAGGCAAAUGACAGUAGCAUCUGGCAAUCAGUUAGUAGAAUGUCAAGAGUGCCAUAAUCUCUAUCACCAGGAUUGCCAUAAACCUCAGGUGACUGACAAGGAAGUGAAUGACCCACGCCUCGUAUGGUAUUGUGCUCGAUGCACGAGGCAAAUGAAGAGAAUGGCUCAGAAGACACAGAAACCAGCCCAAAAGCCAGCCCCUGCUGUCGUUUCAGUAGCUCCAGCUGUUAAAGAUCCAUUGGUUAAAAAACCUGAAACUAAACUGAAACAAGAAACAACUUUUCUAGCAUUCAAGAGAACAGAAGUUAAGCCAUCCACAGUGGUUUCAGGAAACUCUUCCAAUUCUAGCGUUUCCUCCUCCGCACCCAGUGGCCUAACAGGAUGGGCAGCUUUUGCAGCCAAAACUUCUUCUGCCGGACCUUCAACAACCAAGCUUAGUUCAACAACACAGAAUGCUGGCGGGAAACCUGCCACCUCCUCAGCCAACCAGAAAGCAGUGGGUUUGACUGGACUGGCCACCACAUCUAAAGCUGCCCUGGGUUCAAAAAUAACUUCUCCUACCAGCAGUACCACUCCUGUAUCACUGAAGCCUCUGCCUCCUCUAACGUUAGGCAAAACUGGCCUCAGUCGCUCGGUGAGUAGUGACAACGUGAGCAAAGUCGGCCUCCCCAGCCCAAGUAGCUUAGUUCCCGGAGGGAGCAGCCAGCUCAGCAGCGGGAACGGGAGUGGUGGAGCAGCAGGGGCGAGUGGAGGUGCCACUAAAACCGGCUCAGAGCCUACUAGCAGCCCGUCAUCGUCCUCACUCAAGGGCCCGACUUCCCAGGAGUCGCAGCUCAAUGCAAUGAAGCGCUUACAGAUGGUCAAGAAGAAAGCUGCCCAAAAGAAACUGAAGAAAUAGCUUCACUCCAUCUGCUUUUUCCUUCCCCUGCAUCGAUGACAACUUCUGUGCUGAAGAUAAAAAAAAAAUUUAAUGUUUUGUUUAAUAAAAAGUUACAUGA